GGUGAACUGGAGUAAAUGUGGCUGUAACAGCAGUGAGACACACCUGGCAAUCUGCCAGAGAGAGAUAGAAUGAGAUAGAGCGAGCGAGAGAGAGAGAGAGAGAGAUGGGGAGGUAGCGUGUAAGCAGGGUGUGGAUGGUGCAGGCACCCAGCACAGUGCAGUGUGAGGGUGGUGGGGUGAGAUGGGCGACAGGCGGGCGGCAGUGCUGGCGGGCCAGAACCGGCCCUACGCUCUUUUUGACAGCUUCGUGCAGGCGUGCACAUGCAGGGAGACCCUGCAGGCCUUCCAGCAGCUGUGCGGGGAGCUGAAGCUGCAGGCCCAGGGCGGCCUGCUUUUCUACCACACUCUGAGGAGCAGACUCCACUACUGGAGAGCCAAAGCUCUGUGGGCCAAGCUGGACAAACGAGCCAGCCAGAAAGAGUACCAGAGGGGCCAGAUCUGUGCCAACAACACAUGUCUGAUUAUAGGGGCGGGGCCGUGUGGUCUGCGUACGGCUGUUGAGCUGAGCUUUCUGGGCGCGAGGGUGGUGCUGGUAGAGAAGAGAGACGCUUUCUCCCGCAAUAACGUCCUCCAUCUCUGGCCCUUCACCAUCCAUGACCUGCGCAGCCUCGGUGCUAAGAAGUUUUAUGGAAAAUUCUGCGCUGGAGCCAUAGAUCACAUUAGUAUUCGUCAGCUGCAGCUGAUUCUGCUGAAGGUGGCUCUGCUCCUGGGUGUGGAGGUCCAUGUGAAUGUGGAGUUCAGAAACCUGCAGGAGCCUUUAGAGGAUCGAGACGAGCAGUGUAUUGGCUGGAGGGCUGAGGUCUAUCCUACAACUCACCCAAUCAGUGAACUGCAAUUUGAUGUGGUUAUUGGAGCAGAUGGCAGGAGGAACACCUUACCAGGCUUUCACAGGAAGGAGUUUCGGGGGAAGCUGGCCAUUGCCAUCACGGCAAACUUCAUCAACCGUAACACCACAGCCGAGGCCAAGGUUCAGGAGAUCAGCGGAGUGGCCUUCAUCUUCAACCAGAAGUUCUUCCAGGAGCUGCGCCAGGCCACAGGUAUAGACCUGGAGAACAUUGUCUAUUACAAAGAUGACACCCAUUACUUCGUCAUGACGGCCAAAAAACAGAGCCUGCUGGAGAAAGGAGUCAUCUUAAGUGACUACACAGACACAGAGAUGCUGCUCUCACGCAGCAACGUGGACCAGAAUGCAUUGCUGGCUUAUGCCCAGGAAGCGGCGGCCUUCUCCACCAAUCACCAGCUCCCCAACCUGGACUUCGCUAUCAACCACUACGGGCAGCCGGACGUCGCUAUGUUCGACUUCACCUGCAUGUACGCGUCGGAGAACGCGGCACUUGUGCGGCAGCGCAGGGGGCGCCCCCUACUGGCCGCCCUGGUCGGGGACAGUCUACUGGAGCCCUUCUGGCCAAUGGGGACCGGUAUCGCCCGGGGUUUCCUUGCUGCCAUGGAUACGGCGUGGAUGGUGCGGAACUGGGGAUUAGGCUCCACCCCUUUAGAGGUGCUGGCUGAGAGAGAGAGCGUGUACCGGCUGCUUCCGCAGACCACACCGGAGAACGUCAGUAAGAACUACAACCAGUACACCCUGGACCCUACAACACGCUACCCCAACAUCAACACACAGCUCAUCUCUCCACCUCAGGUGUGCCACCUUAUCGAUACAGAUGAAGGGCCACUUUUGGGCCUGAGCCACUUUUGGGCCUCUUCAUUAUCAAGAUUUACACAGCAAGAUUCCACAGCUCAUUCAAAUAAGCUGUUGAGCUGGUGCCAGGAGCAGACACGGGGUUACCCAGGUGUGUGUGUAACUGACCUCACCACAUCCUGGAGGAGCGGACUAGCCCUGUGCGCACUUAUACACAGAUACAGACCUGACCUCAUUGACUUCGACUCCCUGGAGGAGGGUGAAGCUGAGCUGAUUGGGCAGUUGGCCUUGGAUGCAGCCGAGCGGGAGUUUGGAAUCUCCCCCAUCAUGACAGGCCAGGAGAUGAGCGUGCUGAAGGAGACCGACUCGCUCUGCAUGGUCAUGUACCUUAGCCAGCUCCAUGACCUCCUCGAAGAAACAGCGCCAUCCAGUGAGAGUCGGAGCCCAGACGAAAGGCCUGUUCUGUUUGCUGGCACCAAGUCUCCGGUGUGUUUGCUCAACAGACUGGGACAGAGUCUGUCCCGCAAACGCAACCCCAAGGAUGAGAGCGAGAAAAAGGCUGAUGGAUCUGGGAAGAGGAGGAGGACGAGUAAGACAAGCCAGACGGAGGACGACGAGGUUCUGCCAGAUGCUGAUGGUGACGACACCCCAGUCAGCACACCCGGGUCGGAGUCAAGCAUCGCAACGGUUGUCUGUGUUAACCAAAGCAAAGUCCGAUCGAUGGCGAACCAGCUAUUGGCCAAGUUUGAAGAAAAUGCUCCUUCUGCAUCUGUGUCUGCCAUACAGAGACAGAUGUACACAGGGGGUGUGAGCGUUUUGGCUGAGCUGGUAGCCCCUCAGCUCCAGAACCAACAGAGCAACCCAAAACCCUUUCUCGACUGCAGAGAGCUGGGCUCCCAGCGGCGGGAGUUUCCUCUGAGCGUAGGCGGCAGUGACGUGUGUUAUUUCUGUGCCCGGCGUGUCUAUGUGAUGGAGAGACUGAGUGCAGAAGGGAAGUUCUUCCAUAGGAGCUGCUUCCAAUGUAACCACUGCAACACUACCCUGCGACUCUCCAACUAUGCCUACGACCAGCUUCAAGGGAGGUUCUACUGCAGGCAGCACUUCGGCUACAGACUGGCGGGACUGGCACAGAGGAAGAGGGCGGCACCAGCCGCAAGCCCUCACCCUGCACAGAUCCCUCCUGGCCCUCCGGUUGCUCCGCUCUCCUCUCCGAGGCACACACACGCACUCCCUCCCUCAGAAAGCUGCGGCUCAGCAAGCGCCUCCCCAGUCGCAGCGUGGAGGCGGGCUAAGCGGCCGUGUGGCACCCCGGAGCGCAUCGGGCUGGAGAACUGCAGCUCGAGCCCACAGGAGCAGGACAGCCUGCUGCAGGAGGUGCCGGAGGAGACGCAGGCCCAGCACAACCUCAGCGUCAGCCUGCAAGAGGAGGGCAAUGAGGAGCAGUCCAGUAGCUCAGAGUCAGAGCUAGAAGAAGAAGGGGAGGUGCUCUUGGAGACAGAGGAGGAGCCACAGGCCUGGACAAAUAGGAAAGCAGAAAUAGACAAUGGGGCGGAGCGAAAAGAGGACGAGCAGAAAAGAGAGGAGGAUGAGGAUGAACGAGGAGAUGAAGAACAUUGUAAAGAAGAAGAUGUUUCGGAAGGAGAAGUGUGGGAAUCCAGUGAUGAGGGUGAAUAUUGCCCUUGGGAGAGAGAGCAGCAUUCAGGGGUGUGGCUAGAAGAAGAAGAAGUAGAGUCUAGAGAGUGUGGAGAGCAUUCGGAUGACCCAGAAGUAAAACCUAACACAGACAGGAAGGUUAAAUCCUGUGAUGUACAACAACAGAACGUCCACAGUGAUGAGUCUCUUGUUUCAGAAAGCCCACCCACACCCCUCACAUACCCCACGCGCACCUCUCCACCCACAUCCCACCAGCCUGGGACACCAGAAAACUCUGAAUCCGAGAAGUCGGAGGUUAUUGUGGAAUUCUGGCUGAAGAGUGCGGAGAUCAGGAAAAGUCUUGGACGAACGCCAGUGCCGAGGGUUAGCAGUCCAAAGAGUCUGGACGAUUCCUCAACCCAAACGUCCAUCGCUGGAGACAUGAUCUACACCUCUGCAACACGCAUGCCAUCCAUCUCCACGGCUGCCCCUGAUUACCCCUCACACCCCUCCCAUACCAGUGAUACGAGCAGCCAUAGCUCAGGCGCACGGAGUCUGAGCACGUGCACGUGUAGCAUGCAAACGCUUUCUCUGACGGAUCUUCAGCGCUCACGUGCACGCUCGCUAAACGGCACACCCUCGUCCAGCCACAUUCGUACUCCAGACGAUGUGGGCGGGGGCGAGGUUGAAGGGGCGGGGCCUGUUCUGCAGGAGGUUGCGGAUCAUUGUUCAGUGGUCCAUAAACUUAACAUCACUCUGCAGGGACACGUGACGGAGAAGCAGGGCGGCCUGGGCUCCGGCCCCUCCUCCAACAGCACUACAACCAAUCACAACGUUCUCUCCACAGACUCUGGCCUUUUGACUCCUCCCUGCAGUCCGCCUAUGGCCAGGCAGAGGCGGGACGUUCACGGGCUCAAGCCGCCCCCAGCGGGGCAGAUGUUAGUGAGCUCCGGAUCCCACGCUGUUCCUCUCAAUGCAGGUCAGCAACAGAGGGACCGCAUUAAGACUGGCCUGGAGAGAGCUCGUAGCCUCCCUCCAGAUGAAGUGGAGGUCUUGUGUGCGGGCGACGCUAAUGAGGAGCUCCCCUCCCCUGCCACACCUGCUCAGCUGCCAAGAGGAAUCGCCACAGUGAGCAGCACACCCGGCCUCCCUGCUGAAACCCACGGCCCCGCCCCACAGCCUUCUGGGAUCGAUAAGAGUAUGCUGGAGGGCAGGGCGAUGCCACCAGAGGGCGGGGCUGAGGUCCAGCCAGGGCCAGAGGAAAAGGAGAAGAGGCGGAGCUUGCUGUUCUCGCCACGGAAGAGCAAAAAGGGUGGGAGCGUGAUCGGAGCGGUGCAGCAGGAGGCCGGCAAACACAAGUCCCUUUGGAGGAGUGUCUUCUCGGGAUAUAAGAGGGAGAAGAAGAGGAAGGAGGUGGAGGCGCAGGCCAGCGCGUCGUCAGACAGUGGAAACCUGGAGAGCAGCAGAAGAAUGCCUGGUCUCAGUGGAACAACAGACCUGGGCUUCAGGAGGAGCCUGAGCUUCUCGGAGGAGGCAGAUGUGUCUUGCACGGAGAGAUGUCCUCUCAGGAUGCAGAAAGCAGGAAGUGAGGAGGAGCUGGAUGAGAAACUGACCCGCCGGGUGCAGAGGGCAGCACGCAGGCAGGCCAAGCAGGAGGAGCUGAGGAGACUGCACCGCGCACAGAUAAUCCAGCGUCAGUUGGAGCAGGUGGAGGCGAAGCAGAGGCAGUUAGAGGAGAAAGGCAUUGCUGUGGAAAAGGCUCUCAGAGGAGAAGCCGAUUACUGGGAAGACUCUAGCGCCUCUGAUCUUGUGGACAUCCACUUGGGUGUUGAGCCUUUUCUCGGUUCCCCCCGUAGAAGACCUGUCUCCUUCUGUCCGUGUUGUUCCUCAGAAGGGAUGGGGAAGAAGGAUGACCCCAGCCUGAUGCAGCAGUGGUUUAAACUGGUCCAGGAGAAGAAUGCUCUGGUGCGCUACGAGUCAGAGCUCAUGAUAUUUGCGCAAGAGCUGGAGCUGGAGGACAGGCAGAGUCGACUGCAGCAACAGCUGAGAGAGCGCAUGGCAGUGGAUGACCAUCUGAAGGGCGAGGAGGAGCUGGCAGAGGAGAGGCGUAUUCUGGGUGCCAUGCUGGAGGUGGUGGAGCAGCGGGAUGCUCUGGUGGCCCUGCUGGAGGAGCAGAGGCUACAGGAGAGGGAGGAAGACAGCGAUCUCGAGGCAGUCAUGCUGUCCAAGGGCUUCAGCCUGUACUGGACCUAACACACAUACACAGCCCAGAGCUUUUAAGAGUGUUUGCUUAAUCUGUGCUGCACACACACACACACACACACACACACACACACGUUUUAAUCUGAGUAAUCUGUCUCCAUAUUUGACUUGGGCCCACAUACACAGCCCAGGGGUUUUAAGAGUGUUUCCUUAACCUGCGAUGCAUUAACACACACACACACACACACACACACACACACACACACACACACACACACACACACAUUUUAAUCUGAGUAAUCUGUCCCAUAUUUGACUUGGGCCAAACAAGUAGUCUAAACUAUUCUGUAUCCAAGGCUUUGGCAACCACAGUGUAAAAAUAAUGAAUCUCUGUGCAGAGAUAGACCAGCCAAGAAAAGGAACAUUGUCUCUGUAAUCUGAGGCUCAAAAAAAAAAAAAAAAACCUGGAGCAAAGCCCCUCAGUUCACUUUCUACCAAAUACCCCCCUGAUAAUGGAACUGACUUACUAUGCAUAUAUAAACAUUAAAGGAUUAUUAUAUUUAUUUUAUGAAAAUUAAAUGAUGAAUGCGGCUGUUCUUGAACCAUACUAACUGAUAAUAUCUUUGUUGACUAACCUUUAAAGGAGAUGUGUGGAAGGGAUUGAAAAGCAUUGUGCAUGUGCAGAAAUGUGUGUUUAGACUGAACUUGGGGCUGAGCCUGGUUUUGAAGUUUUUAAAUGAAACUAAUACAUGCUGAAUGCCAAUGUGUACAUAUUUUUAAACCUGGUUUGGUUUGUUUAGCUUUGCUCUGUCAGCAUACUGUCAAUAAGGUAAUGUGGAUUUGAAAACUGGUUUUAAAUCCUAAUUUAAGCAAGUACUGUUUCAGAGGAAUGUUUCAUCAUUAAUUUUUAAUCAGUGAUUACAAUUGAUGAUAACUUAAAAUGACUAAUUAAAAUUACUACAGUGAUUUA